AUGGGUGACAACAAUUGGGAGAAGUUCCAGGUUUGGCUGGAUGAAGAUCCCGACAAGGUGAUUCAUCCGGUGAACCCCAACGAAGGCAGAGAAGCCGCUGUCGCAGGGCCUGAGAGCAACAUCCACAAGGCAUAUUCUUGGAAGAUCUCCGGGAUGCGCCAGCAGGCACGCCUGAUCAACGAGGAGCAGUACAAAACGCUCAGUGAGGCCAGUGAGGCCGGUGAGGACUCGAUUGACUCAAUGGACUACCUCGUUGCCUUCGGCGGCGACUACGUUCCUGAGGGAGUUACUGAUCCAAAAGACAUCUCGCAGAUGCCGGUGGCGAAUCUCAACUCUGGGUUGGAGGGAAGUCCUGGAGACAAGUACCGCAUCCGCCUGUACGUGCAGGGAAAGUACAAGCGCCUUGAGUGGUGCAAAGCAAGGGGAGUAGAUGCCGUCGCCCCACUCGGCCGCAGGCGAUUUGCUCACAAGUUCGCGAUCAUUGGUGAUCACAGCUAUUGGACCUUCGAGGAUAUGCAGGCAUCAAAUUGUGUGGACUCUGCAUCCACGGUCAUUCUUGCAGAGUGCAUCCCGCAGAAGAGUGGCACAUGCAUGCACUUGUUGGGAGAGAAUCACUCAUUUCCAUACACGAUCAGAGUUCUUUCGGAGUACCUUCAGAGUACUGUCAGAGACUUCUGUUCUCGUGCUUUUGCCUGGUAUGGCUUCAUGGGUGUGGCUCCAUGCUGCAGCGUGGAACCUGCUGCCAAGGAGCCGGCCAACUCAGCGAGCUCAGCGAGCUGGGGCAAGAACAGCGCGCCUUCGGGGAAUUCGGUGAACGCCGAGGAGGAGCUCCUGGAGAGGCUGCGCCUGGCACUGAAGGACGCGCGUCUUCGUCUCCGGGAUUUGCCGGAGGUGAGCUCCCCCGAAUUUCCGAAGCUCCUCCAGGAGCUCGGCUUCCCGUUGGCUUUGGAGCGUGUGAAGAUUGCCAAAGCUGUCGCAGCCCUCACAGCCCUUCGUGACCGCAACGAGGCAAAGGAUGGUGAUGGGGAUGCCACUGAUGCCAAUGAUGCCAAUGAUGCCAAGUUCGACACGUGGCAAUAUCAUGAGAUGUCAAAGGGUCAAAAGGCUGAAGCCAAAUCCAUGGUGAAGGACUUCGUCAAAGCCAUGGUUCAUGGCCGGUCUCUUCAACGACUGAGCAUGGACUCAGGCGAACUUCAAGAUGUCCAGGUGUCAUUGAACAAGAAGGUAGAUCGGCUAACUAUUGAAGCUGGUGCGGGCUACCCUGUUGUUGCGGAUCUUUGCGACAUACUCGACGUCGUGCCCUUGGAGCCGGACCUGACAGUCAUGGUCAAAACUUGCGAGUCCGAAACAUGCCUGCUCUUCUCAACCGUGGAGGAGCGUGACGCUUUCACGAACGCCUUGGGCAUCUUGUCGCAAGUGGCGCAGCGGGGGAAGCCCCAGAAUGACGGCUCGAGUCGCUGA